ACUCCGCAUCUUAUUAGCAACAAGGGAAAUUUCUCCAUUUUGCAGCCUGUCUACAGCGACACGGCCACCAAUCCGGGAUUUUAUUACUUCUCCUCACCUGCCAGCCUUUUUUCCUGCCAGAAAAAUAAUAAUAUUUUUUUUUUUUAAAAAAGAAGAAUCCUCCUCACUCUAACUGGACUUUGCUUUAUAUUUUUCCUGUGAACUUUUUCUUUGUGCAGAGAAAAAGAGAGAGAGAGUGAGAGGGAGACAGAGCUUUGCGUUUCAACAAAGAGGCUAGAGGGUCUUUGUUCGUUUUUUUUUUUUUUUUUUUUUUUUUGGAGGAUCAGUUGAGUUUCUUUGUUGGAGCGAAAAGCAUGGGAGCGCAAUUGUCCAAGACACCUGGAAAGGCUGAAUCCGCGGCUGAAAAGCCAGGAGAGGCUGUUGCUUCACCCACCAAGUCCAACGGACAGGAAAACGGCCACGUUAAAGCGAACGGGGAUGCCUCUCCUGCAGCGGCCGAGAAUGGCAAAGAAGAAGUGCAGGCCAACGGCAGCGCCACGGCCGAGGAGACCCCCAAGGAGGAGGCUGAGAAGGCCGAGGCUGCCCCCGCUGAGGCAGAGGCUGCAGAGGGGGAGAAGGUAGAGGCAGCAUCUCCUGCUCCUGCUGAGGGAGAGGCAGCGAAGGCCGAGGACGGCGCCACACCUUCCACCAGCAACGAAACCCCCAAGAAGAAGAAGAAGCAGAGGUUCUCCUUCAAGAAGUCAUUCAAGCUUAGUGGGUUUUCUUUCAAGAAGACCAAAAAGGAGAUGGGAGAGGGGGCCGAGAACGAGGAGGCGGCCGCUGCAGCACCGUCCACAGAGGAGGCCAAGGCUGAGGGCGCAGAGGAGGCACCCGCUGCCGCUACCGAGGAGGCCAAGCCUGCUGAGGGGGAGGCUGCACCUGCUGCAGAGCAGGCCAAGGAGGAGGUAGAGGCCAAGCCAGAGGAAGCAGCGACAGCAGAACCAGCAGCAGCAGCAGCAGAGAAGCCUGCCGAGGAGACCAAGGAGGCUGCUCCCGCAGAGGAGCCAAAGGCUGAGGAGAAGCCGGCUGAGCCUGUGGCCGAGGAGGCGCCCAAAACAGAAGAGGCUGCCCCGGCCGAACAGGAAGCAGCCUCAGCGGAGGCUCCCGCUGCAGCCACUGAGUCUGCCGAAUAAGCCGGGAGAGAGGAAGAAGUUUAAAAAAUAAAAAAGGAGGAAAAAAGAUAAUCAAAGAACAUUUCCCUGUUUGUAUGUUGGAGUGACGCCAGAUCCUGGCUCUUUGAAGAACUUGUCUACAACCAAGGAUAUUUUAAAGCUUUUCUUUUCUUUUUUAUUUUUGAUCCCCCCCCCCCCCCCCACACACACACACAAAACCCACCGCAGUCCGUCGUUCCUUCCAUUCAAACGGGCUGGAAAGGCUGGGUGGCUUCAAUAUGUACGACAAAUUAAAUACACCCACACUCUGCCAUAUAUUUUUUCAUCAGUAUUAAGUUUUUUUUUUCUUUUUGAAUUUUUAUACAAAAUGUAAACAAAAAAUGGUAUGGACAUGCCCAUGGUAUGAAGGAGGAGGGAGUAGAGCUGUAAAUGAAAGGGGGAGUGGGGUGGGGGGGUGAGUUCAGGGAGGGCAGGGGGGGAGGGAGGAAGAGAGCCUGGGAAAUGUGCCACAGACUAUUAUGAAAAGAGUAGUCUUAAAAAAAAAACCCACAAAAACUAUGAGACCAACAUCUAUAUACACACAUACACACACCAUACGGUUUACAACACUAAGUCAUUUUUACGAUACGACGACAAAAGAGUCCCAGAGUUAGGUUUUUAGGAAGUCAUAUAAACUCAUAGGAGCUUUUCACUUUGCAUUAGCUGUACCAGUCAGUGAUUCAGUAGAAAUACAAGUUGUAUAGGCUUUAUCGUUUAUUGUUGGUUUUAUGACCUUAAUAAAAAAAAAAAAUGUAAGUAUGUAUAGGCGGGGUGUUUUUAACUGUGAUUAUUGUACAAAAUGAAAUCUUGAUCUCAAGAAGCACAUGAAGUUUGCAGCUCUUUUUUCCACCCGCUCAUUUUUUUGUAAGAUAACAACAAACACACACAAACACACAAAAGAGGGGAAAAAAAAAAGACAUCAUCCUGGAAGAUCUUAAGCAAUUUUGAACUCAGAAACCAAGCUGUGAUAAGUGGAAUGGUUAACUGUUUAUAUACUGUGGUAUGUUUUUUUUUUUUGAUUACAGCAGGCAAUGCUUUUUCAGUGAUCCUGAAAUUAAGGAACCUAUCAGAUGCAAAUGUUUGUGUAGCAUCUUGUCUCUCUCUCUCUCUUUCACUUCUUCUUUUGUAAAUACUGGAGAAGCUUUGACCAAUUUGACUUAGAGAUGGAAUGUAACUUUGCUUACAAAAAAAAUGCUAUUAAACUCCUCUGCUUAAAGGUGUUCUAAUUUUCUGUGAGCACACUAAAAGCAAAAAAAAUAAAUGUGAAUAAAA